AUGGCCCAGUUUUCGCCGGACAGCUGGACGCCAGCGGUCAAUGUCUUGACCUGGUUUCUACUAGUGACGGCAACUUUGAGCGUAAUCACUCGACUGGGGACCAAAUACUGGAUCUUUCGCAAGUUCACUGAAGAUGAUUACUUCAGUAUCGCUUCAUUGGUACUCUGCGCUGCGCAGUCCAUCGCCGUGUCGAUGGCGACUGCCAACGGGUACGGGGAGCAUUAUGAGAGUUUGAGUAGUUCUAGCAUUGAAGCAAUGAUGAAGUCGCAAUACUCAGCAAAUAUCCUCUUCAUCCUCAGCAUGUGUUUCUCUAAACUCGCUCUGAUCAGCUUUAUCGAUAACUUGACGCCUGCUUCUACAGACCACCGCAUCGCAGUUGGCCUGAAAAUGUCUACUCUUGUAUGGGGGGUGAUUGGCCUCAUAACCUCAGCUUUCCAGUGCAAACCACCUCGAACUUGGGAUUAUCUGCAUGGGAAAUGCUUUAACAUUAAUGCCUGGUGGAAUUAUCUUGGCACCACGAAUAUCUUGUCAGAAUGUGGUAUGAUGAUACAGGCAAUGCUAGUGAUUGUACGCAUUCAGACGCAUCUUAAGAAAAAGGCCGUCUUGGCCGGAGUGUUCAUGCUUCGGGUCGCAGUCAUGAUUAUGAUUAUCUGUCAGCUGGUCUAUGCUAGUAAAACCGUCGAUUCGCGCGACCCAUCCCAUGAGACUUGGCCCGUGGCGAUAUCCACGCAGCUAGUUCAGUCUUUAAGCAUUGUCACGGCCUGCUCGCCCCAAUUCAAACCAUUUCUCGACAGUCUGCGCUCAACGGGGAUGCGCCUUGGUGGACUGACAAGUUACGGUCACUCGCAAAAGGGAUACGGCUCAUACUCUGCUUCACAUCGACGAGGCACGGUUCGCAGCGAUGUGCAUGAGCUUGUCCCCCUACCGAUACAGGACACCCACCAGGCUACUAUAACUAGCUCGACGCCAUCGCUGGGCUGGGAUGGAGAAAGUCAGUCGAGCCAGACGCAUAUUAUCCAUGAGACUAGGACUUGGACUGUGACCGAAGGGCGUGUUCAGGAUUUUAGCGGUACAACGGACGUGCCGUUUGGGUUGAUCGCGAAUUCAAAUGCGCCUGCCGCUCCACACGAGUUAGAGGGCCGCCCUUUGAGUAAAGAGACAGAUGAUGUUAAUUUGAUACGCUUGGGCAAGCGCCCUGUCUUAAAGCGGAAUUUCGGCUUGAUGUCAAUGCUGGGAUUUAGCUGCACGAUCCUCAUCACGUGGGAAGGCAUUGUCGUAUUAUUCUUGCAAGCGUUUCAAAAUGGAGGCCCAGCAGGAGCCGUGUAUGGUUUUAUCUUCGUUUGGGCCGGCGUUGCAGCGACCUUUGUGGUUUUAUCAGAGCUGGCAUCAAUGGCUCCAACAUCCGGCGGCCAGUAUCAUUGGUGCUCUAUGCUGGCGCCUCCGUCUGCGAUGAAGCUCUUCAGCUAUCUGACAGGCUGGCUCACUGUCAUCGGAUGGCAAGCAACCUUCGCAACUUCGUGCUUUCUUUCUGGGACGCUCAUACAAGGCCUUAUCGUCCUCACAAACUCCAGUUAUGAGCCCAAGAACUGGCAUGGGACUCUCCUUUUUUGGGCCGUCGCUGUUUUCUCCGUGGGGAUCAAUAGUGUAGGAGGAAACCUGCUGCCCCGUUUUGAGGGCCUGAUCCUCAUCCUCCACAUUCUCGGUUUCUUCGCCAUUCUUAUCCCGCUAACCUAUAUGGCGGAUCACUCGAGUGCGCAGGAGGUGUUCACCCACUUCCUGAACCUGGGCGAAUGGCCCACGCAGGGCUUGUCAUUCUUUAUCGGUCUCGUCGGUUGCGUGUUUGCAUUUGCGGGGGGUGACGCUGCUGUUCAUAUGUCCGAAGAAAUCACAAACGCGCCAGUUGCUGUCCCACGGUCUAUCAUGCUUAGUGUUCUCAUCAACGGAACGUUGGGUUUCAGCAUGCUAAUCGCCAUGUUGUUCUGCCUGGGAGAUAUCGAGGCAGCCCUCGAGUCUCCAACUGGUUACCCAUUCAUGGCAAUUUUCCUCCAAGCGACGCAGUCUGUGGCCGGCACAGCAACCAUGGGCUCCAUCAUCACGACCAUGGGAAUUUGCACAUCGGUCGGCAUGUUGGCCUCAACAUCACGGCAAUUUUGGUCUUUUGCGAGAGAUCGCGGAAUCCCCGGCUGGCGCUUAUGGAGCAAGGUGACACCCGAGUCCGCCAUCCCGAUUUACUCCGUCGGCCUCACAACGAUAGUCGCCUGCCUACUAGCCCUAAUCAACAUCGGCUCCUCGGUCGCCUUCAACGACCUCGUCUCCAUGUCCAUCUCCGGCCUCUACCUCUCCUACAUGGUCGUCGCCAGCCUCCUCCUCUACAGACGCUGCACAGGCGGCAUCAGCAGCUCCAAGAGCAGCGAGGACGCCAUCGUCAACACAGCCGGCGCAAAGCUCGUCUGGGGGCCCUUCCAUCUACCCGGUAUUUGGGGUAUCCUGGUCAAUACCUUCGCGCUUAUAUAUAUGACGAUCGCAGUCUUCUUUAGUUUCUGGCCGCCGCAGCAUACGGUCACGGUGGAUACGAUGAACUUUAGUGUGGUUGGCACGGUGGGGGUUAUUAUUUUGAGUCUUGUGUAUUAUGUCCUAAGGGCGAGGAAUGUAUAUGAGGGGCCUAUUGUUGAGAUGCAUCUUUGA